AUGAUUCAAACUAAAAAGAAUUUAGUUGAAGUAUGUCCACAGUGUUGCAAAUCGGUCGAUUCUUCUGCAUGUAGGCUGGUUUAUGAUACUUGUGGUCAUUCAAAAUGUCGUAUUUGUCUGAUUCAAGAAGUAACCGGUUGUUUAUUAUGCAAUUCUGUGAUUGAAAAAUCAUUCGACGACUCUCAGUUUACGUGUAAAGAACCCAGUAAAAGGUUAGACAACAUUGAUUGUCAUAAACGAAAGUCUGUGAUAACAUCAUUAGCUUUACAGCAAGCAGAAGAAGAACAGCAAAAUGUUAAAACUUCUUCUCCUUCUGUAGAUAAGGACACAUACAUUGUGAAAAGGAGCACUGGGAAUUUUUAUCAUUUAAAAAGAAUAUUUAGCCAAAGAUUUUUUAAUGAAAAUAAUAAUAAAAAGCAUAAACCAAUUGAAGUAAAAGAUAAAUUACAUCUUAUGCAAGAUGAAGCAAAGAAAGAACAAAAAAUUGAAUGUGAAAGUUUAAGUAAAAAAAAUUGGAAAGUACCUAGUCAUAUUCAAGUACAAUAUUAUUGUACUGUUCAUAAUCUGUCACUGGAAGAGAAAACUUUAUUAAAGCAACACAUGUCCUGUGUAUGCAGCAGUGAAAAAAGUGAUAAUCCGUCUUAUUCAUGUAAAAUAUGUUCCAAAAGUUAUAAGGUAAUUGGAAAACUUAACAGACAUAUGAAAAGUCAUACAAAAACUUCCAGAUUUAAAUGCCAAAAAUGUGGAAAGUUGUGUAUUGAUAAUUAUGCGCUAAAAACACAUGAAAGAACUCAUACCAAAAGUAAACCUUACUCUUGCUCCACUUGCCAAAAAAAAUUUUCUGGAUUUCAAAAUCUCAAAAGACAUGAAAAAAGUCACAAAAAUGAAAAACAAUUUGUUUGUAACGAAUGUGGAUUUAAAUUUAUUACUAAAACCGAAUUAAAAAGGCAUGCUGUAACUCACACAAACCUAAAAUUAUUCAAGUGCCAAAUAUGUUUAACCAAAUUUGCUUUUAAAAGAACUCUUACUAGGCAUGCUAAAACUCAUGAUGCAAAUUUAAGUAAGGUUAAAUGUCCACAUUGUGAUUCUACAUUCAAUAGAAAAGAUAAUUUGGAAAGGCACAUAAAAACUGCACAUUGUGAAUUAAAAACCGACAUUUCAAAUCAAUAA